CGUUCUCAAGAGGCCAACGGAAGAGAUGUCGUGGGAUUUCCCUUUUGAGAGCUCCAGUCCUUCAACGUUUGCUUAUCCUCCUCCUGCUCCUGUCUCGGAUCCUGUGCGAAAGGUCAUAAUUCGACGUACGCUGCAACAACGCGCAGCACCAACUGAAGCAGGCUCUGAAGCUGGUGACGGAGAAUAUGGAGCACCACCCAGUAGAACCGCCGUGGAUAAACAAGUUGUAUCUUCAACCGAGAUACUAGGUGUUGCUAAUGCUGGCCAAGAGGUUAUCCCUCCCACCCCCCAAUUGAAGGAGAAAUCCGGUUUCGACACUUCAAUACAUGAUAACGUAGAGGCUGUACCACCUCUCAGUGACGGCGGAAUAAAAAAUGAUGACCAAGCUACACAGGUCUCCGUCAAAGCGAGCAAUGUGGAUCUGCGGACAUUGGCCAUGCGGGGCGUCUUAUCUGAAGAGGAUGUGCACCGAAAACUUGAGGAGUUGAAGGCAGAGAAACAUGAAAUCUUCAAUCGGCUUCGGAAGUUACAACAAGAAAGGUCUCAUGGGGGAACUUAGCUGAGGUGACGUCGACUGUCGACUGCAAAGACACGGUCACUUCGGCAAUCCGCCCGCUUGCUACCUAUGCAUCGACACCUGAAAUUGAUGCUGCUUGGUCCGACAGUUUUUGACGUGAGCCAGUUUGGCGUGAAAUACGAGUUAAUCUACGUUGCCGUGUCAAUUAUAUUCCGCGAUUUUGGCCUAGCACGGAGCUCAGGGGAAAACACCUGCCUCUGCUGCAGAGGUUGAGGAUUUUUCGUCGCAUGGAUGGCUAUGUUAGAUUGACGGAGUGGCCUAGGGGACGUGGCUAGUGGCUAGGUUAGUUCAUUAUACACAUGCAUCACAUAUCCAGUACCCCGAUCGUCAACGAAAUACAUAUGCCACUUUCAAUCAUAUGCCUUUGGCACUCUCGGAA